AUUCACUUCCGGUGUAGUCACUGUCUUCACUACCCCGUGCUUAUUUACUUUCUCUGCAGUGAUUAAAUAUGACUGUACGCGGAAUUUACAAAGCGUCAAACCUUCUGAAGUCCAGCGGGGAGUUUUGGAGGAUCUGGAUGAGGAAGAUGAGCGUCUUCCUCUCUGACCGUCAGAAAACAGCAGGAUGGAAUCAGGAGGAUUAUCCUGAACAACCCCAGGAAGAGGAACGCUCUGUCUCUGUCUAUGCUGGAGUCUCUGAGAGAAAACCUCCUGACAGACUUACACACACCAGACCUGCGUGUCAUCAUCAUAUCAGGCAAAACAUUCAGUCAAUCUAGAGAAAGAUGCGUUCAUAAACACACACUAACUCUGUCUCUCUCUGCAGCACGGGGUCCUGUGUUUUCCUCGGGUCAUGACCUUGGGGAGUUGACCUCUGCCCGGGGUCGCAAGCAUCACAUCAAGGUGUUCCAGACCUGCUCAGAGGUCAUGACCCUGAUUCAGGAUCUCCCGGUGCCGGUCAUCGCUAUGGUGAACGGUGUUGCCACGGCGGCGGGUUGCCAGUUAGUGGCCAGCUGUGAUAUUGCUGUCCCCACAGAUAAAUCCACUUUCGCCACUCCUGGCAUGAGCGUCGGGCUGUUCUGCUCCACGCCGGCAGUGUCCAUCGGGCGAGCGCUGCCCAGAAAGGUGAUGAUAUCUUAGUCUUCUUGGAUGCAGGUUAAGGAACCACUGCCAUUAUUGGAGAUUGAAUGAGUUGUUGUUCUGGACACACUGGCGCCAGCAACCCAAAU